AUGUCUGUCGUAGGUAUUGACUUUGGAAAUCUUAAUUCCAAGAUUGCAAUAGCUCGUAAUCGCGGAAUUGACGUCAUUUGUAAUGAGGUUUCGAACCGUGCUACUCCAUCUCUAGUUUCCUUUGGUCCUAAACAAAGAUAUUUGGGUGAAGCAGCAAAAACCCAAGAAAUUUCGAAUUUUAAAAAUACAGUAAGUUCUUUAAAACGACUUGCCGGUCGCACUUAUCAGGAUAAAGAAAUUCAAGAGAUCGAAAAGGAGUACAUAAAUGCAGAAUUAGUAGAUGAAAAGGGACAACUUGGUGUUAAGGUUCAAUACCUUGGCGAGCAGCGCAUUUUCACUAAUACGCAAUUACUUGCCAUGUAUUUUACAAAACUUAAAGAUAUCACCUCUGCAGAGCUUAAAAUCCCGAUAUCUGAUGUUGUGAUCUCUGUUCCCGGUUGGUUUACUGAUAUUCAAAGAAGAAGUAUUCUCGACGCGGCAGAGGUUGCUGGUUUAAAUUGUUUACGUUUGAUGAAUGACAUUACUGCUGCAGCAUUAGGAUAUGGCAUCACAAAGACGGAUUUACCGGAAGAUAAGGCUCAAGCUCGUAAUGUCGUGUUUGUUGAUAUCGGGCAUUCAUGCUAUAAUGUAGCAGUUGUGUCCUUUGUUAAAGGACAACUAACCGUCAAGUCUACCGCGUAUGAUCGGCAUUUUGGAGGACGCAAUUUUGAUCAAGUUUUGGCUGACCAUUUCGCUGAAGUAAUCAAGACAAAAUAUAAAAUUGAUAUUAAAACGAAUCCCAAGGCAAUUUUCCGUCUCCGUACAGCAAUAGAAAAAUUAAAGAAAGUCCUUUCAGCUAAUACUCAAGCUCCUCUUAGUGUGGAGUCGAUCAUGAAUGAUAUUGAUGUGCAGGCUAUCAUUACUCGACAAGAAUUUGAGGAAUUAUCAAAUCAUCUUUUUGAUCGAAUUGAAGGUCCACUUUCUCAAGCAUUACAAGAAUCUGGACUUAAAUUGGAAGAUAUUCAUUCUAUUGAAGUAGUAGGUGGUUCAACACGCGUUCCCUCUAUAAAAGAGCGUAUAUCAAAAUUUUUCGGCAAGGAAUUAAAUUAUACACUUAAUCAAGAUGAAGCGGUUGCACGUGGCUGUGCACUCCAAUGUGCUAUUUUAUCACCUGUAUUUAAAGUUCGAGAAUUUACAGUUCGUGAUAUCAUUAAUUACCCAAUUAAGAUCCAAUGGGAGACUAUUCCUGAAAUUCCAGAUGAGGGGACUGAACUUGUCGUAUUCCCGAAGAAUAAUAGCAUUCCUUCAACUAAGAUUUUAACAUUCUAUCGUAAGCAACCAUUUGAUAUUGAAGCUCAUUAUGCAGAGCCUGAUAAAAUCCCUGCCGGUAUUAAUCCUUGGAUUGGAAGAUUUUCAAUAAAAGGUGUAACACCAACUGAGACAGGUGAACUAAGUAUUAUUAAGGUGAAGGCCAGACUUAAUGUGCAUAGCGUUUUAUACGUAGAAAGUGCUUCGGUAUAUGAAGAAGUGAUUAAAGAAGAAAAAGAAGAAUCACCAAAACCAGAAGAUCCACAUCAAAUGGAAACUGAUAAAACUGAAGAAGCACAACCUAGACCUCCUAGCCCAACGACAAAGAAAGUUAAAAAUCAAGUUAAAAAAGGUGAAUUACCACUUGUAUCGGGUACAGGUGGAUUAGACAAAUCAAUAAUCACACAAUUUAAGGAAAUGGAAGGUCAAAUGAUUGCAACUGAUAAACUUGUUGCAGACACCGAAACUCAAAAGAACGCGUUAGAGGAAUAUAUAUACGAUAUUCGAGCAAAAAUAGAGUCAUCAUAUCAAGAAUUUGUCAAUCCAGCUGAUAAGGAUAUCAUCUCUAAUCUUUUGACGUCUACUGAAGAUUGGCUUUAUGAUGAGGGCGAAGAUGCAACAAAAUCUAUAUAUUCGGAAAAAUUAGAUGAAUUGAAGAAAUAUGGUAAUCCUAUUGUUGAAAGAUAUCGUGAAUCUGAUGAGCGGCCCAGAGCAGAAAAAUUAUUACGCGAAAGUAUACAGCAAUUUAUUUUAAGUGCAACAAGUAAUGAGGAAAGGUAUAAUCAUAUUCCUGAAGAGGAAAAAAAGAGUAUUAUGGAACGAGCUACAAAAAUUUCAGAAUGGCUAAAUGAGAAAUUAACAGCUCAAAAUAAUGUGCCAAAAUACGAGUCACCUAUCGUGUUUGUUCGCGACAUUUUAAAAGAACGAGAAACACCUAAGGCAGAAGAAGCCUCUACUGAAAAGGAGACGAAUGAGGGCCAGUCCACAAAUGAAAAUGCUUCCAAGAAAGAACAAACUGAGAUGGAUGUCGAUUAA